UCCUCCUCUGAUGGGGUCAGCUUCUUCGGCUGCCAGCUCGGCGACCAGACUGUCAUCAACUACAGCUACACAGACAACCCCUGGAGGCUCUUGGCAUGCGAUACCUACAAUUUCGUGUACUACAUAUGGGCCCUGCCCUACAUCCUCCUCCCAUACCGUCCUACCGACUCAGGCGACCUGUCUGAGCUGGCACCCACGCCGGGCAACCUCUUCUGCAUCCUGAUCCACACCAUCCUCAUCGUUUUACAGCUGGUCUUCCUCCUUGUUGUCCCGCCCCUGGCGCUCUUCAUCCCGCUAUGGACCACCGUCCUCAUCGUCGGCGCCUUCAUGGCCCUCAACAGCGCCCUCAGCGCCCUCCUGAAUGGCAAGGAUAUUGUCUUUCACUCGGACCCGACCUAUGCAGCACCGAAUCAGCCCAAAUUCGCCCACGAGCAAUGGAUCUUUCUUAACGGCGUCGCCGUCGGCUCGCACUGGAUGCGGUCGAACCUGAACCGGCUGGCUCUGACCUUUGGCCGACCCGUGGUGGGCAUCCACAACCGCACGUCAGGCAUCCUCUUCGAUGUGAUUGAGUGUCUGGUCCAGCGCAACUUUGGCUACGCGACAAACGACAUCCGCCUGUGCUACAGGAUCCUCAAGGAGAAGCUGUACAACCCGCAGUACCACAAGGUGGUCUUCAUCCUGCACUCCCAGGGCGGCAUCGAGGGCGGCAUGGUGCUGGACUGGCUGCUGCAGGAGCUGCCCCAAAAUCUGCUGUGCAAGCUCGAGGUGUACACCUUUGGCAAUGCGGCAAACCAUUUCAACAAUCCUUACCGCACGGUGCGCAGCGAGGCGAAGGCGGAGGAAACGCCGUCCACAUCAUUCUCAUUCUCAUCAACAACAUCACCAUCAGACCACACGACCAGCUCCUCACCACCGGCCCGUGCGAUCCGCCACAUAGAGCACUAUGCCUACACCACCGACUUUGUCGCCCUCUGGGGCGUCCUGCACUUCGCCACCAUCCCGCCCGCGACACAUGUGAUUCCGCGCUUCCUCGGGCGCCUCUUUGAGCGUGCGAGCCCCGACAACCGCGGCGGCCACCAGCUCGUCCAGCACUACCUGGACGGCAUGUUCCCCCUGCAGAAGGACUCGGUCACGGGCCAGUUUGUUGGGUGCGCCGAGACCAAUGCGUUUAUGGAAAGUGUGGUACGCGUGCCCCAGGACCACAACGCUGGUGGGGGUGGGGUUGUUGGUAAGGACGACGCCCAGGGCGGUAGUAGGGAAGGGGUCAUUGGGAGCUGGGAGGACGAGGGGGAACCGAACGGGGGCGUCGAGGUCCAGAAUGGCGGCGGGUCGCCAGUUAUGGUGAGACAGGACACGGGCAUGCCGGUUGAUCGAGUUAGAGUGAAAGAGCUGAGUCGGCUGUGGAAAUAUCGCAAUGGGAGGAGUCCGGGCGAG